CCAACGCAUCGUAACCCUGAAAGAUCUUUCGGUAUCUUACAGUCACCAUGCGAUCCGUAACACUCAUUGCUUGUCUCCCGGCGCUCGCCACUGCCUUACCAACCACAUCCACCGAGGCCUACAAGGCUGCCAGAGCCCUCGUUGCACGCGCACCUCCGGAAGCUAAAGCGGUACUCAAGUCCGUCACGUCCAGUGGCACCGGAUGCUCCACCAAUUCAGGUGGCUUUAUCUUCAAGGAUGAUGCCACGAUCGCUUUCGAUUCCAUGCUUGUCGAAAGCACUAUGACCAAUCCAAGCACACAUUGCUUGAUUACCAUUGACCUGGGAUUGGAUUCGAAGUGGAAGUACACAAUCAACAAGGCCACCAAUAUUCGCGGUUACGUAGACGGUGGAAACGCAGUAUAUAAGGUGACCUACACCGCUGGUGGAAAGACUUCUGAAGUUAGUGGUACUGUUAAACCGACUAGCGACGGCAACUGGGCCGCUAGCUCCACUUCGGCCGGUGCAACGUCUGCCUACGGAGGCGGAGUUGCAGGUAUCGACGUAACGCUCAAGCUCAACACCGAGCCCGGCAAAGUUGCGGCUGUGACAAUCGAUACAAUGGAUGUCAAGUUCGACUACUCUAAGUGAGAUAUGGCAGGCUCCGACCGAAUGAGAUAGCGUCUUAAUGUCAUUGAGCUCGCUUGGAGCGCGUUUGGCGAUUGGGUACACGUCUCGUUUGCCGAGCCAGAGUCGAGUCGUGGACCGCAUUGUGGC